AUGUCAGCAGGUAACAGAACGACAUUCCUAAGCACCACUAGACCUCCUAGAAGUAUCACCUACACAUCGAGCGCUGUAGGGGGUACAAACGAAGAGACGUUGACCGUCGAUGUCGAACCGGGUUAUACUGGUACGGGACAAUGGGCCCGUUUCAACCUCCAAGUGACCAGUCCCCAAGGUCAAGGGGAGUAUAUGUGGAAGACCUCGAUGAUGAACUCGCGAGCCCACACUACCAACGCGCAAGGGGCUUUGAUGUGGGGUAGCCUCGAGGCUGCCAUGGCGGCUCAAGGAAUCCGAGGAGAUCUACAAAAUGAUGUGAAAUUGGAUGUCUCAGAGGCUUUGAGUUUCUAUCAUGCGGGUAGGAACCCCCAAAGAUGA